AUAUCUAUAUCUAACGUAAGUAUCUAUACUAAUCUAAUAUUCCGCGCCGUGUGCUGGGAGGCGCGCGGUAUAUAUACAAACAUAAUCAGCGUCUUAAUUGCUGACGGCUGACAGCACUUCAGACACACGUGAAAUAACAGCCAAUGACAGAACAGGGAGGAAACAUAACAAAAGCACGUGUCCAAAUGUCACGGUUGUCAACAAAGGAAAAGCAGGUGCUCGCGCACCUUGCUCGUGCACGCGCGCUCACAUGCUCCACAGCGCGCUGCAUAAAGGGGAAACCGUGACAAGUAGUUAGGAACUGGGCUGAGAAACAAGAGAUUAGGGAUUAAACGUACUGAAACAUAAGUAUUUUCAUAAAAAUUCAUUUUGAAAUAUUGUACUUCAUAUUGUAUUCAGUAGAUUGUGAGUUUUUGUAUGUUUGUUUCUGUAGGCUGUUCUCUCUCUGCUGAUAAUCCGACAGAAAUCACACGACACAAAGGUGGUUCAGUGCUGUUCCCCUGCUCCUGCUCUGACCUGCACACCAAACCUCAGAAAUUCACCUGGUGGAGCGACAGAACAGGACGUCUGACAGAAAUGUUAAAUGAUGAACACUACCGUGGCAGACUUCAGCUGUUUAAUCACAGUUCUCCUGGUAAUCUGUCUCUGCUCAUAUCUGACCUGAGAGAAGAGGAUCAGGGAGUCUACAGGUGCAGCACUGAGAAGGAACACAGAGACAUCAGGCUUUAUGUUAAAGGCUGUUCUCUCUCUGCUGAUAAUCCGACAGAAAUCACAGGACACAAAGGUGGUUCAGUGCUGUUCCCCUGCUCCUGCUCUGACCUGCACACCAAACCUCAGAAAUUCACCUGGAGGACCUUCAGAACAGGACGUCUGACAGAAGUGUUAAAUGAUGAACACUACCGUGGCAGACUUCAGCUGUUUAAUCACAGUUCUCCUGCUAAUCUGUCUCUGUUCAUAUCUGACCUGAGAGAAGAGGAUCGGGGAUCCUACAGGUGCAGCACUGAGAAGGACCACAGAGACAUCAGGCUUUAUGUUAAAGUAGGAAGAAGAGAAACUUCAACACACUCGAGAAAAACAGACACAACACGUCCAUCAGAACCGCCUCAGAGUACAACAACAAACUCUCCACCUGCAUCAUCCUCAACAACACUGGAACAAGAUAAACAGCAAACACACAGCAGCCUCCCUCUAGUUUUCGGCAUUCUGGCGGGUUUAUUGUUGGUGAUACCCGGAGUAGUGGCUUUUAUUUGUUGGAAACGCAAAGGAGGAAGAUGUGGAGAGAACGUGAUCACUGAAGGACGUCCGGACUGUAAGAGAAAGCAGAAGGAUCAGACUGAACCUGGUGUUACUUACUCUACUGUAACCCACAUGAACACAGCCGGAGCAGCACGUGUCCAGAUCAACACUGGAGACAAAACUGAAUAUGCCAGCAUUCUAACAAACUAAUCCACAGUAAAUAUCUAGAAUAAUACUGAAUAUAUGCAGUAUAUUAAAUACACGCCAUGGUAAGCAUGUUACUGUGACUUUUUUUUUUAUUUGACCAUUAAUAGCAGAUUUAAUCAUAUUUGUGUGCUGAUGGAUAAUCCUGCAAAUUAUAUUUUUAAUGUUUGUGUCAUUUAUUAUCAUUUAUUUUGUAUCAUUUGUUUUUUAUUUGCAUUUAUUUACAUUUACGGCAUUUGGCAGACACCCUUAUCCAGAGCGACUUACAUUUAUCUCAUUUAUACAACUGAGCAAUUGAGGGUUAAGGGCCUCGCCCAAGAGCCCAACAAUGGUAGCUUGGCAGUGCUGGGGCUUGAACUCCUGACCUUCUGAUCAGUAACCCAGAGACUUUAACCACCGAGACACCACUUAUAUGUUCUAGAAAACUUUUGUCAUCACCCUGUUUUGCGUAAGAUGACUGCUGUAGAAGUUCUUGUUUGUGACUGUCAUGGGAAAGUCUCUCUGGACUGAAUGUGUGUUUCUAAACUAGUUGUGGUGAAAUUGUUGUGAAAACCUUAUUGCAUGUUAAAUGGUGUAUGAUAGUGUGCUUGUUGAGUGUGGAGUAUCACACAGUAUUCUCUGUGCAUGGCACAACUUUCAUUAACUUUGAGAAAGAGGAAGUAGCCAUUUUCCCAUCAGUCCCCACUGCCCUGGCCACAGUCUUGCAGUCCCUCUGACAUGCUGAGUGUCUCACAGUGGCUCUGAAGUACCAUGAGAACGCUAGUUAUGAACGCAACUGUGGUUUUAUAAACUGCUAAUACUUGUCAGAGGCGUGUGUAUGACCUUGCAGCAAAGUCAUAAAGUGACAUGAUUGUAAUUUAGCAUCCUGCAGAAUCUCAUAAAGAGAGACCUUAAAGGACUGUAGCACAUGUGAGGAGGGGAAUUGCUGUUACACCUGCUGUCAGUCCUUAAUAAUGUCUGCCACUUGUCAGAGUGGCAGUGAACCAGCCUCAUGCUGAUGAAUUGUGCAGCUUGUUCCACUGUGAGACCAAGUGCUGGAAAUAGGCAUUGUGUAUGAACCGCUGACAUGAACCGCUGACAUGAACCAAUCCUGUGGUUGCACGGCAUAGAUUACAUCUGACACCCUUAGCAGUCAGUGUUUUAGCACAGAGCAAAUCUCACUUUGCCUGGAACAUAGCAUCCUCUUUUCCAUAAAGAGAAGAAGAGAAGGAAACAUAUGGACUAUGGCUUAUAUACAGCAUGGUGCAGCUAUAGGGUUAAUUAAUUAAUUUAUUAAUUCCUCUUCAGUAACUGUUUUAUCCUAGUCAGUGUUGUCAUGGAUUCGGACUCUAUCCCAGCAACACUGGACACAAGGUGGGAGAGUUCAGAUGGGACGCCAGUCCAUCUCAGAGCACCAUUCACACACAUUCACACCUGGGGGCAAUCUAACAUAGUAAACCUGCAUGUUUUUGGACAGUGGGAGGAAACCGCACACACAAACACAAGGAGGACAUGCAAACAUUUGUACAGACAUUAACAUGGUUUCAUUUAAGGAUCUGUAAGGAUCUUGUUGACUGCACAAUCAUGUCUACACUCUUUUUUAUUUUCUGUUUAUGUCAUAUUCUAAGUCUUCCAGGCAUCUCACCAGGUCUAAACAUUUAAGGUCUAAAUGUUUUUAUGUUUUCUUGACAUUAAGUUUCUCGCUCUUCUUGGGUUUGCUUGUGCACACACUUCUUAAAUAAUAUAAUAUUCUCAUAAUUUGAAGAUAUAUUAAAGCUUUUACUUGAAAUAUUUGUCAAAUUCCUGUAGCUUGUUUGUAGCUUAAACAUUUUCAUACUAUUUGCAGUGAUGAAAAUAAAUAAAAAAUGAC